AUGGAUAAUAGUCCCGAAGUUACGCGUUGUUUUGGAAUGUUUCCUCCGAAAUAUGCUACGUAUUUAAUAUCAAUAUUUGGAUUGGGUAUGGGUGGUACAGGAAUAACUGGAAUUGUGCUCUACGGCUUAGUUGAAAAAGCCGUUACGGCAUUCUUUUUCAAAAGCGAAACAGCACCGGUAGAUGAUACAGUGAAGAAAUGUGUUCUCCUAACUAUAGGACUAACGUCAUUGCUGCUGACUAUUGCCAGUUUCCUAAUGUUCUUGGGCGCAACAUCUGGCUCAUCCGGUGCCCUCGCGGUGUCUAUUUGGAUUAUUUUCGCAAUGGAUUUAAUACUUAUUGGUCUCUCUAUCGCUGCGCCAAUGUCCUGUUUCUUUAUGGAAAGUACCUGUGUCGUGAAGAAACUGUCUACUACUGUUUUGGUCCUUUGUUUUCUGGUAAUCACUGUUUUUUUAGAAAUAUGGCUCUAUUUCAUGGUCGUUGCUAAUGCUUAUCUGAAUGAAAUUGCGUGA